CUUCUCUUCUCCAAAACCUAAAACCCCCAUACUCUUACCCUGAGAAAGGGGAAGGAAGACACAGAAUUUACUGAUAAAGCAGAGCUAAGAAACGAAGAAAUGUUGAGGUCCAUUGCAAAACGAGCCACGCUCUUAAAGCCACGAGCUGAUUCACCUAUAAUCCCUCCCCUCAUCUCUUCCCAAUCCAAGCUCUAUUCUUCCAAGAACGCAAAGGCCUCCCACGGGAAAUCCAAGAAAGGCGAUCCCAAGUCCAAGACCAAGUCCAAGACCGGCGGUUCCUCUUCCUCCGUUGCCUCCUCCACUGGUGAUGACUUCGAUUCUGCCGGCGCCGACGACUUCGAGGCUGCUCGAGCCCGCCGCCUGGUCGAGGACGAGAAUGACCCUUCUCUAGAUGUGGGUCCCAAUGGACGUCCCUUGUUCACUUCCACUCCCUCACUUUCCCUGCUCACUCGGAAAGACUGUUGCUCGUACAUGAAGUUCAGUGAGAAGGGAUUCAACCAAGUGUUGCCGGAGGGUUUGCCGACGGGAAUGGUGACGGAGUUCAAGGAGUCGAUGAGGCCGGCACUCCUUGUUCGACAGAGUUUCUUGGAUCUUCGUGAUAAUUUUAGACGCAUUGUAGAUCCUCCAAUGUGGUCUUCUAAUGCUAAAGCUCCUAAAGCGAGAAAGCAAAUAGUAUUGGACGGUCCGGUUAGCUGCGGGAAGAGUAUUGCGCUUGCAAUGCUUGUGCAUUGGGCUCGUGAUGAGGGUUGGCUUGUUCUCUAUGCUCCUAGAGGUCGUGAAUGGUCGCAUGGAGGAUGUUUCUAUAAAAAUUCCGAAACAGGUUUUUGGGACACACCUAUACAGGCUGAAAAUGUCCUCAAGGAUUUUCUGAAAUACAAUGAAUCACGCUUGCAACAAUUGCCAUGCCAAAUUUUUGAUCCUAUUCGAUUGGGAGAAGGUGCUGGUGUUGGAUUUAUGAAAGGAGUUGAGUCCAUGGCCCUCCCUGAAGGGGCAACAUUGUAUGACCUGGUUCAAAUGGGAAUCAAGUACACACAUGCAGCUGUUGGAGUUGUAGUUCGGUUGAGGAAAGAAUUAUCACUCGUUAAAGAUGUCCCUGUGCUUAUAGCAAUUGACCAGUAUAAUAAUUGGUUUACCUUCAGUGAGUAUGAGGAGCCAGUGACUGUCCGUUCUUGUCGACCAAUACAUGCCAGAGAACUUGCAAUGGUGAAUGCCUUUAGGUCCAUGAUGCAUGAGGACAUGAUGGUUGGUGCAUUCUCUCAUUCAACUGCUGUGGGAAAACUUCGUUUAGAUUUGCCAGAUGUACCUGUUGGUGCCCGUGUUAACAUGCCUCGUUACAGUCCUGAUGAGGCAGCAACUGUUUGCCAUUACUACGUCAGGCAAAGGCUUGUAAGAAGGGAAGCAUUCUCGGAGGAAAGCUGGAAAAAAGUGUACUACUUAUCCAACGGAAACGGAGCAGAGAUGAGAUGGUUACUUCCUUUGAUGCGGUAAAAUAAGAAAGAUAGAGAACAUAAAAUUGCCUCUACAAGUUUUAAAGACCUGCAUUGAUAGACUAGCUUGUUCGGUCAUGGUGUCUUUUCUCAAAAAAAUCUGGUGAGAGAUUUGGUUGAAGCUGUCAUUUUAUAUUCCCAGAUAAUGUAGUGGACCAGUGCUCUCAUCUUUAAGAAAUUAUUGUUUAUUUUUCAUUGCAA